GUCAAAUCCAGAAAAUGUCAAUCCGAAUACGGCUAAAAUUUUCAUGCGUCUUGUUGAUUUGAUUCCAAGAAUGCUAAAUUUUAAACUCAUCUCAGAAUUUGAUUACUGAAUUAACUAUUUUCAAAAAGAAUCACUACAUAAAUAAUAAUUAGAAAUUUUUUAAAUUCAUUUUGCUGUGAUAUACUUUUCUGUGAGCUAAGAUUACAGUGCGUUCCUCUCACAUCCUUUAACUAUUUACUUCACUCGCGAUGGUAUUCAUCCUGUGUGUACAUUUUAAGCUUAUAAAAUAAUCGCCAAAGAGAUGAAUUCAGGCACGGACUGGCUCUGCGAUAUCUUGCAGCAUGUACAACUUGAACAAUUUUAUGUACCAAUAAGGGAUCAAUUACAGAUUACCAGACUAGCUCAUUUUGAUUAUGUACAUACGGAAGAUCUUGAAAGGAUUGGUAUCAGUAAACCAGGAGUGCGCAGACUAUUAGAUGCUGUCCGGAAAAAGAAAUUGCAGUUAUGGAAUAGAAAAUUUUGGAAUAAACUUUUUGGUACAUCAAGUUCAGUUGCCAAAGAGAAAACAGAUAUUGCGAAACCAAUUACACAAACUGAAACAAGGACAACAUGUAUCAUACUUGAGAAGGAUAUUGUGUUACAUAAUGAACUUGGCAAUGGAUCAUUUGGUGUAGUCAAAAGAGGAGAAUGGAAAAUUCCAGACCAAACACAAACUGUCCUUGUAGCUGUGAAAGUAUUGAAAGCGGAUGCAUUUGCCCAGCCAGGAAUUUAUGAUGACUUCCGAAGAGAAGUUGAGGCGAUGCAUAGCUUGAAACAUGUGAAUUUGAUCAAAUUACAUGGAGUAGUGUUCCAUCCAUUAAUGAUGGUCUGCGAACUAGCUCCAAUGGGUGCUUUAUUAGAUUAUAUAAGAGGUCAAAAUGGAAAGGUGUCAUUAAAUUAUAUUUCAAAAUGGUCAACCCAAGUGGCUGCUGGUAUGGCACACCUAGAGAAACACAGAUUCCUGCAUCGUGAUUUAGCUUGUAGAAAUAUUUUAUUGUCAACCUUGGAAUUGGUAAAAAUUGGUGACUUUGGCCUGAUGCGUGCUCUGCCUGAUGCGGAUGAUUGUUAUGUCAUGAGUGAAAGAAGACGCGUGCCGUUUCCUUGGUGCGCCCCAGAAUCUCUGCGCACGAGGCAGUUUAGUCAUGCAUCUGAUGUAUGGAUGUUUGCUGUUGCCUUGUGGGAAAUGUUCACUUUUGGUGAAGAGCCCUGGAUAGGCCUCAACGGUUCGGAGAUCCUUCGGCUAAUAAUGCGUGAAGGUCAACGACUUUCGGCCCCCAGUGCGUGUCCCCCGGACGUGUACAUGCUCAUGAUGCAGUGCUGGGACCUGAACCCUAAGGAGAGACCAACGUUCGCCGGCAUCCUGCGAUACAUGGAGACCAACAAAUUCGAAACCUCCAUAGCAUCGUUGAGCUACAGGAAGCAAGGCCAGAUGAGUGUGGAUGCAGGCGAUCCGAUUAUCCUCAUCGACAAAAGACCGGAACUGCACUGGUGGAAGGGGCAAAAUCAGAGGUCUUUGGAAGUUGGAUUGUUUCCCAGCAACAUUCUGUCUGCGGUCAAACUCAAGAACAACCAUCCAGCUUCGAAGAAAUCCCAAACGUCAUCACCCUCUCCUUCGGCAAAAUCGUCGGUGCUGAACUCGUCGUUGUCGAAUGGAGACGCGCACGAGUCAGCCGUGGUGCUCAGGAAACGCAGAACGAUAGAAUCGACGCAACCUUCCAGCACGCGCGCCGGUAACGGCGGCAGUAAACAGUUCAACUACAACAAACUUAUCAACGAUCGCGCUUUGCUGUCCGGCAUGCAGAGGUGCACGAGAGACGCCUAUUCCAAAAGCUUGAACCAAGUUAAAGAAGACCUGCUAAUAGACCUCGAUUUGCCGCCUUCGACCAAACCGAGCACACCUAAGCGAGCAACGAACCAAAAUAACGUUUCAAUAAUCGACCAACCAAUAGACGUCCCAGAGAUUGGCGAUGGAAUCGAAUGGGGCCAGCAAAGCACCGAGAGCUUACCAACGUUCUCAGUGUAUUCGAGGAACGCUCAGUCGAGUAUGCACGGUGCUAAGUCACUGGACAGUCUCGCGACGUCAUCGAACGUGGGCACGUCCACUGGCCAGUGGGCGGAGGAUCCCUUCGACGCGUCGUCCUGGCCCGCGGACACCGGCCCGAAUGUACACUCGACAAGUUCCCUCAACACCGUCCCAAUGCGCCCCAACCACGAACUAGAAGUAAAUGAAUCAAAUUCGAUGCGGUCACGACAGAACGAAUCUCACGUAUACUCGAAUAACUACGUCACGACCCGCGACACGGACGCGUCCCGGCUCCACAACAUCGCGACCACGUUUAAGAACUCGAAUAGUUUAAAUACGAAUGCACUGAUGCAAAAUGCGUACAGUUCGUUGGCGGAGAUGUCCCUCGACGAUAGAAUUUCCGAAUCGUUGAAUCUCAGGUCGAAAACGAAUGAAGACAAUCUGUACGCGAACAGUACGUACGGCGAGCGACCCGGCACGUCGACCGCGCCCGAGACCCGCUACAAAGACAUUCCGAUUUAUAACAAUUUCGAUAUUAACACCGCCCAACAGCAGUUCAUAAUCGAAACGAAAGAUUACUACACGAAGUUAUCGUCUCCGGCGAAAGCGAACACGAGCAACGACUACGAGAAGAACAUUUACGUGCCGAAAUACGAAGACGAGACGGAGAAACUGAGGAAUUUUAGCGACAACGUCGAGAACUCGAAGAAUUAUUCCGCCUUCAAAUAUCAGAACGUCGAUUACGGUAAUUACUCGUACGAUUACGGAGCGAAUGUCGCUUCGACCUCUCGAGUGCAGUACGACGAGGUCAAUGACACUGCCAGUAAUUUUUACAGCGAAAUAGGCGACGCGUCGAACUUGUACGCGAGCCCUCAGAGAAUGUACACAAACGCGUGCUUAUAUGAUGAAGUGUAUGAAGAAGCUACGCCUCGUCCGCACCGACCAGCCCCGCCUUGUCCAAAGAAACAAAAAUAAUUGACCAGUGAAUUUCAUUGAACACGCCCAGUGUUGAUGGUGGGGCGCAUAGUUUGGUCUGUUGUCCUGCCAAUUUUUGCCGCGAAGCAAUCAUGCCUUCUAAUCGGAAAGGUAAGAGCAAUGUUUUGAAGAAAUUAGGGCUUCGACCUUAUAUUUCCGGCUGGGUGGCACCGUCCACUUUGUAAGGACUAUGCAAAUACUAUGAGCUCAGCAGACGAGAGCACUCCCUACUACACUAUGCCACUAAAAAUAGUGCCACUGAACAAAACAGCCGAAAAUGAUGAUUUACAUGUCGUUUAAUUAUAAGUACCCCGUUUAAAAUUAGUAUAUCAACAUCACAAACAUAUUGGAAGGUAGACAGAAAUGAAAACGUAUGGAGAAACAAAAUUCAACUAAUUCGAUUAUUUUAGUAAAGACUGAUGAGCUGUUAAGCCUUCCUAGUUUUGCUUUAAGCACUAACAUGAGGUUACAUAGCGUCUACAUUGUUUAAUUAUUGUAAGAAAUUAAUGAAUACAUAGGACUAAAAAAAAUCUCGAUGUUAUUUAUAUUCAUGUCUUCGAGUAGCGUUCACUUUGCACUCGUGUAAUUUUAUAGUUACAAAAACUCAAUAAAAAUGAAAAAAAAAUCAAUCAAUCCUAUUAUAAUUUGUUGUUAAAGGACAAUGCCCGUUUUCUUAGGGCGUUUGGGCCCCUAAAAAAAGUUGUCGGGUCAUAAUAGUUUUAACUUAAUUUGAUAGACAAAGAAAUAUCGUUUCAUAUUCAGAAAACGAUUUUUAUAUUCUCACCCAGGUGAGAAUAUAAAAAGAUUAUAGAUCUAGAUAUAAGAUAUUUCUCUUAAGAAAUCUAUUUUUUUCUGCAGCUAAAAUUAAGUUGUUAAUUUCUUUCUUCGAAAUCAAUAAUCGCUCUCAUCAUUAUUUACAGUAUUAAAUAAGUAAAUUGUGGUUAAUGUUGCUAGAAAUAAGCCCUAACGUACAUUUUAUUAUUAUUAUAUCCUCAUAAUCAGUGCCAGAUUAAGCAAGCGCGGGGCCCGUAGCAAAUUAUUUCAAAGAGCCCUUGAGCUAAACUUAAAUCGAGCCAUCUCAAUUCUGCUACACAUCCACACUGUGUCGGGUAAGAGUGCUUGCAUACGUCAGACUUUUUAUAGAGCUGAUUAUCAGGCUGAUUGAAAUUCUACACGUUUAUACAAACAACUUGUCUUAAUAAGUCACUCAAAAAAUUAAGCUCGGGCAGAGAUGAGUGGGUUUAAAUAUGCGGGGCCCCCGUUCGCGCGGGGCCCGUAGCAAUUGCUACUCUUGCUAUAUGGUUAAUCCGGCACUGCUCAUAAUAAUAAUAAAAUGAAAUGAAAAUCCGGAAGACGGCAACGAUAUUGUUGUUGUUGUUUUUAAAUUCGUCAAUAAGCAGGCAAAGAGUGUAGCCUAUACAGCCUAGUCUGUCGUACUUUUUUUUUUUUUUUUUUCAAUAAAAAUCUGGUGUGUCUCUUUUUAUUGCUUUUUGGGAGUUUUGACGUCAACUCGAUGAAUAGCACAUUGAGUGAGCGUGAAUUUCCGCAGACCUUUUCUCUCGAAAAAAAAAAAAAAAAACAGUCACUGCUAUGUUAGCCACAAUUUCAUUCCAAUGCCUCAAUAAUCGUGAACAACGAUUAUUGACGUUUAAUACACAAAACAACACCCAAUUUAUAUAUUAUACAUCACAAUAAACUAUUAAAAAAACAUUAAAAUAAAACUUCAAGUGAGGCUUCACUCGGAUUGCUGCCAAAACUCUCUGAUUAUAUAUUAUAUAAUAAGAAUAGAGUAAUGGUAGGCCAUUGAGAUUUUUACUAAUGGAAUAAAUAAUAUCUAAAAAUAUUAAAUAAUUCAUGGUUUUAAGUAAUAAUUAUUAUUACAAUAUAUAAAUAUUGAAUUGAACAAAAAUAAACUAAAAAGUCUGUGAAUUAUAACCAUUACCUUUUUUUUUGUUUGUUGUUCAAGUCACAGACAUCUCUUUCGUUUGGCAGCUUAAAGGUUUACUAUAAGGCUUUAUAGGCUAAGUCCUUUGCCUAUUGGUGAAUUUAAAAACUAUGGCUCUCAGUUUUGGCAUGUUAUCAAAUAAGUAAUUUAUUUUUUUGUAAAACAAUGUCAGUUUGUAAGAAAUGUUGAUACAUAAACUAAACAACGUGAAAAAUAAGGCAUAGUUUUUCAAGUACAAAUAGUUUUGACAUAAAGUUGGCCCACUUUUAGGCAUUGUCCUUUGAUUUAUAACAAUUUUUGAUGGCAGCGGAAAGAUUGAACACAUUAAAGUAAAUCGAUACUUUUGUACGAUUUAAUUGUGGAGUUUUGUAACUUAGACAUUAAAAGUCUCGUUUGUUACUUUUUUUUCUUUUCAAAUGCUAUAGUAUAAGGGGCAUCUAAGUCAUUGUUUAAAAUAAAAAAACUUAACACUUAAAAAAAUCCAUUGUUCAUCACAAAGCGGACAUCCAAUUCAAUUGUGUGCAGUAUAUUACGGCUAUGCUAUGCUUAAAGCAGGAAUGUCGCAGCGAAUUAAAAUAAAACGCGCUUUCUGAAGAGUAUCAUUGAUUUUUUUUUAAAUAUUUAAUAUUUCUCAAAAGGUUUAGUUACCAAGUGCCGUAAAUAAAAAGGAAUCAACCCGCGAUAACAAUGUCAUAAUAAUACGUUACGUAUUUAAAAGCAAACGAAAAAUAAAUAUUCAUUCUGAAGCCAGUUCGAGUUUUGCGAACCCGCAUUCUGAAGCGGGUCAUCGACCGCGCGCGUCACCCGAUUUUCAAUUGGGCUACAUUCAUGGAAACAUACAUGAAUAUUCAAAACUACUGCCAACCUCCGUUUUAGACAAACGCCUUAAAAGAUAUGGGAUCGGAAAAUUCUUUAUUUUUGAAAUUUUGUUAAUCUCGGAUAAACACGGCCUCUUUGUGGACGACGUCAUUAGAAUUACAGAAUAUGCAAGUUUUAAACACAUAUGACGUCAUCGACGAUGUAAAUAAAUUUUAUUUAGUGAUUUAUGAAAAUGAUUUGACAAAAAUACAAUUAAUGCUUUCCGAUUUCCCUAUUGUAUUCAAUAUAAUAACAAUAAAUAAAAAAGUUUCCAGUACUAGAAUAUCGAAUAUACUCGUAAACAUCAUUAGGUGCCUCACCAUUAUGUACCUGUUAGAAUAAUACACAAAGCAAAUUUUACUUUUAAUACUCGACGAAAAGUUAAUAUCUCAUAACUAUAUAUAGAAGCGUUUUUUUGUUUGUUUUGUAAUAUCGUUAGAUUAAGUUUUACUAAAUUUAGUAUUCGACUACAACUAUUUUACCCUUAACUUUAUGUAACCUAUUAAUUUGUAAACAAUAAACCGUUUCAAUAGUAAUGUAACAAAGUGCCUUAUUUAAGAUCUGUAUUAUUUGCUAUGCUAUGAAUUAAUUAAAAAUAAUAAUAUCACGACAUACUUUUUUAAUGUGUAUUCGUUAAUAUUCGUCCACGGCACGUCCCAAACAUUAUUUUCUAAUCAAGAUGACUAAUAAACAAAUAAAAAUGUCUAAUACGACAAGUGCUCUUUCAAUUGCUCUUCUUUUGCCUUGAUAAUAUCUUGAAUUAUGAAUGUCUUUCAAAAGAACAGUUAUUUUAAUAAUAGAAAAUAUCAAAGACCUAGAUUCUUACGUAUUUGCAACAUAUCUAUUAACGUUCUCGCCUAUACUUUACAGGGUUAGUAAUUAAACAUAAUACGGUUAUAAAAUACUAAUUUGAUUUUACUCUUUUUACUAAAUAAAGAGUAAAAUUUUAUUCUAUUAAAAUAGAACUUAAAUAUUGGCUACCCUACUGUAUCAUCUCAAGAUUUUCGAAAUUAUGUCAAGAUCUUUCGAUAUCUUUAACUUCUUUAAAACAUAUUAAAUAUAAUUUCGUAUUGUUUUCUUCUUUCUUUAACCACAUUCCCAUCUACCAUUACUAUUUUUAUAUAUUUAAAUUUAAUGAUAUUAUUAUUGUAAUAAUAAUUAUAAUACAUUGUGUGUUUGUCUAUGUUUUUAAUCACAUUUAUAAAGUACUGAGUUUUAAAUGAACCGAUACGAAUGUGAAGUAGGAAUCGUAACUGUGUGAAUAAAAUUCGUUUGAAAAGUACUUGAAAGUCACAAUAAUUGUCGCAAUAAACGAAAUUUUAACAUAA